GUCGAAGUGCUCCUACUUUCAUUACACCUGCGGAUAAAAGCAGCGCUCUUUUUUUGACGGGCCAAACUGAAGUCCCGCUCACAACUCAAUUUUUGAUAAACCUAAAAUUGUGGUGUUACAACGAGGGGAAACACAAAAUUUACAUCUCUGCGCGCUGCUAAAAUUCAGUUCAUCCUUGCAAAACAGAUCGAGAUGAGAACAAGCAGAAUAUAACUGAACCAAAGGCGAAGCUAGAGGCCAUGUCCGGGACCUUUUACUUCGUACCCUGUCAACCAUAAUCCACUGGGACUCUGGGAGUGUCGUAGUCGUGCUGCAGUGCUAUUCCAGUCGAGCAUUGGCUUGUCUGUGAUCUCAUAUCUGAGUACGAGAAACGAGAACAACGAGGGUAUAACAGAGCCAGAAGUGCGAAGAACUGAAGAAGGAAAGUAGAAGAACGAAGACGGAGCUUCAGAGCUUGCGACCUGCGACCUGCGACCUGCGACCUGCGACUUGCGACGAAGACGUGAACACCAGGCUACCAACCGCGCCGCUGCUUGCGUCCAGUGACCUGCGUGGCCGUCCUUCCUUCCUCUCCGCCUCUCCAGACUCCGGCUCUGCCUUCAGCUCCACUGCUCCAGGCUUGUUUUCAAAAGCUCGUGCCAAAAUCUUCUGAGUCUCCAAAGCAAAGCUGCAAGCAAAAAGUAGAAGUUGCUGAUGAACCUUCCCCCUGAAAGCAUAAGAAUUGCCCAGCGAGUGUCUCUCCUUGCCCCUCUUCUCCUGCCCUCUCUAGGGGUGAGCAGGAAAAUUGGUAUUUCGAGAUCAGGGCAGCGCCAAAGGGGAUUGGUUGGGGUUUGUUUGGGCGAUAGGAUGGAUUUGGGAGUGGUGAGACCAGCAAUAGAAGGUUAUGCUAAUGCUGCAAUUGAAGCUAUAAAGUUUGGCCAUGUUAUUGCUGUCCCCACUGAUACAGUUUAUGGCUUUGCUUGUGACGCUUGUUCUGCCAAGGCAGUUAAUCAUAUAUAUGAGAUUAAAGGGCGCAAGUAUACAAAUCCACUUGCCAUUUGUGUUGGGGAUGUUCAUGACAUUCACAAGUAUGCGUUCACUGAUCAUUUACCCAACGGCUUGCUUCACUCUCUCCUUCCUGGUCCUGUUACUCUUGUGCUAAGCCGAGGUGAGUCAAGUAUCCUUGAGAAAUCUUUAAACCCUGGAGUUGAGAGCAUAGGAGUUAGAGUACCAGAUAAUAACUUUAUUAGGGUAAUUGCCCGCUGUUCUGGAAGUGCACUUGCACUCACAAGCGCAAAUCUUAGUGGUCAAGCUAGCAGCAUCAAGAUCAGAGACUUUGAGAACCUCUGGGGGCACUGCGCGUAUAUCUUUGAUGGUGGUGUUCUUCCAGCUGGGCGUGCAGGUUCCACCGUGGUGGAUCUCACUAAACAAGGAAAGUACAAGAUAUUACGAUCUGGAAGCGCCCUGGAGGAAACUCUAGCAAUCCUUCAAAAGUUCCCAUUAAUAGCAGCAGCUGCAGACGGAAGUUGAGUGAUGCACAAAAGGGUAAAAUAUACGCCAAGAGAUCAUAUGUGAAGCUCACAAAUAUAGUUGCUGAGUUUUAUGGUUCUAUUUCUUGUACACGAAGAACUUUUUGAGAUCAUUCUUUAUUGGCAUACAUGUAAAAGAAGGUUGUAGAUUUUUGUAGUAGUUGAAGAUCCAUAACGGCGAAGGACUGGUGUCUG